CACCCAAGAAAGCAAUCGACACCGGAGCACUCUCACCGAAGAGAGCAAUAGGUAGAGGAGUCUCUCUCAUAUAAAGAAGAAAAGGGUCCUCUGAAUGCAUUAAUGGAGUCCUGAAACAGCUACAGCUUCUCCCUUCUUAGCUGUAUUUCUAUAAAUACAGCAUAGAGGAGCUUUCUUUGAGAGUGGGAGAGAGAGAGAGGGGUAUAAAGGUGUAGGAGAGCUGAAUUUGCUGGAACCCUUAUUGGGUUUUCUUCAAAUGGGGAGGGGUAUUUAUGGGAUGCAUUUAAUGGUGGUGUGGGUGUUGUUGGUAAUACAUCUUCUAGUGUUUGAUUGUAUGAGAGUAGCAGUGUUAUGUCAGCAAGAAGAUGCUUCUACAGCUGCAGCAGUUUAUAUUGUUACACUCAAACAAGCUCCAACAUCAAUUCAUUACUAUAGUCGUGAUUAUGAGAAUGAUGAUAUGAAGAUGGAAAUGAAUGGUCUGAGUCAUGGUAAUCACAGCAGAUUAACCACACCCAACAAACCCAGGAAUAUAUCAAGAUCCAGUCGUGGCUACAGUUCAUAUCUGGUUCGGCUUCAGGAUUCACUGUUGAGGAAAGUAUUGAAGGGGGAGAACUAUUUGAAGCUUUAUAGCUAUCGUUACUUGAUCAAUGGGUUUGCUGUUUUUGUAACUCCUCAGCAGGCAGAGAAGCUUGCAAGGAGGGGAGAAGUGGCAAAUGUGGUCUUGGAUUUCUCAGUUCGAACUGCAACCACUCACACCCCGGAGUUCUUGGGUCUACCUAAAGGGGCGUGGGUCAAAGAAGGCGGACCAGAAUUUGCAGGAGGAGGAAUCGUGAUUGGAUUUAUUGAUACUGGAAUUGACCCAGCACACCCCAGCUUUUCUGACGACUUCUCUGAAAAUGCUUAUCCAGUUCCUGCUCACUUCUCUGGAAUUUGUGAAGUUACAAGGGAUUUUCCAUCUGGGUCUUGUAACCGGAAGCUCGUUGGAGCUCGGCAUUUUGCUGCAUCUGCUAUAACCAGGGGGAUCUUCAACGCUACUCAGGACUAUGCUUCGCCGUUCGAUGGUGAUGGUCAUGGAACGCAUACGGCCUCCAUUGCAGCUGGGAACCAUGGAAUUCCAGUCAUUGUAUCCGGGCAUCACUUUGGGAAUGCAAGUGGCAUGGCCCCUCGUGCACAUAUUGCUGUUUACAAGUCACUGUACAAGAGCUUCGGAGGCUUUGCUGCAGAUGUUGUUGCUGCCAUAGACCAGGCAGCUCAAGAUGGAGUGGACAUCAUAAGCUUAUCGAUUACUCCCAACAGGCGUCCUCCUGGGCUAGCGACUUUCUUCAAUCCAAUCGACAUGGCGUUGCUUUCGGCUGUAAAAGCUGGCAUUUUCGUUGUCCAAGCGGCCGGAAACACUGGACCUUCACCCAAGAGCAUUUCAUCUUUCAGCCCAUGGAUCUUCACAGUAGGUGCUGCCACCCAUGACAGAGUCUACAGUAAUUCCCUCGUCCUUGGCAACAAUGUCACUAUUUCAGGUGUUGGACUUGCACCUGGGACAGAUGGAGACACAAUGUACACUCUGGUUGCCGCAAUUCAUGCACUAAACAACAACUCAACUGAUAAGAAUGAUAUGUACUUGAGUGAAUGCCAAGACUCGAGUCGCCUGAAUUUGGAUCUGAUCCAAGGAAACCUCUUAAUCUGCAGCUAUUCAAUUCGAUUCGUGCUUGGGCUGUCAACCAUUAAGCAGGCUUUGGAAACGGCCAAAAACCUCAGUGCAAUUGGCAUCGUCUUUUACAUGGACCCUUUUGUUAUUGGGUUCCAGCUCAAUCCUACUCCGAUGAAGAUGCCGGGCCUGAUAAUCCCUUCUCCUGACGAUUCCAAGAUCUUUCUCCAAUAUUACAAUGACUCCUUGGUGAAAGAUGAUUCAACAAAGAAAAUAAUCAAGUUCGGAGGUUCAGCAAGAAUAUUAGGCGGACUGAAAGCUAAUUACAGCAAUUCAGCUCCAAAAGUCUUGUAUUAUUCUGCUAGAGGGCCAGAUCCGGAAGACAAUUUUCUUGAAAAUGCUGAUAUUCUAAAGCCCAAUUUGAUAGCUCCUGGUAAUCUCAUAUGGGCUGCAUGGAGUUCCCUGGCUACUGAUUCCCUCGAAUUCCAAGGUGAGAAUUUCGCCAUGAUCUCGGGUACAAGCAUGGCGGCUCCUCAUGUUGCUGGGCUUGCUGCGCUGAUCAAACAAAAGUUCCCACAAUUCAGCCCUUCAGCCAUCGGAUCCGCACUCUCUACAACCGCUUCAGUUUACGACAAGCAAGGGGGCCCGAUCAUGGCCCAGCGUGCUUAUAGCAACCCGGAUAUAAACCAGUCGCCUGCAACUCCAUUCGACAUGGGAAGUGGAUUUGUUAAUGCAACUGCUGCAUUGGAUCCUGGUCUUAUCUUUGAUUCAAGUUUCAACGACUUCCUGUCAUUCCUAUGCAGCAUAAAUGGUUCGGGCCCCAUUGUUCUAAACUACACUGGCCAGAGCUGCGGUAUUUCUACAAUGAAGUGCACAGAUUUAAACUUGCCUUCCAUUACCAUAUCGAACCUAACCCAAUCAAGAACUGUUCAAAGAAAGGUUACAAACAUCGCCAACAACGAGACUUACAGCAUCAACUGGAGCCCCCCCAUGGGCGUUGCAAUAUCAGUGGACCCAACUCAUUUUUUCAUCGCAAGUGGUCAGCAGCAGAUCUUGACCAUCAGUCUCAACGCCACCAUGAACAGCCCCACUGCAACCUUCGGAAGGAUUGGGCUCUAUGGAAGCAAGGGCCACAUGUCUACCAUUCCAGUAUCUGUGAUUUUGAAGGUCAUGUCAAAUGCCACUAACAGCUGAAACUGGUUCUGAUUUUACUUCUUUUGGGUUUGUGAGUUUUCUUUGACCCAUUUUUUUAUUCGUUUUCUGGUGUAAAGGUGGAAGCUGCUUCUGUUUGAAAUGUAGAUACUGUGACUGAUUUGAAUAACCAAGGAAUUGAUUGUGUUUACCAUGAA